ACAUGCCGACACACACGUUUUUUGUUUAAGCUUGAGAAGCUUGAACACUUGCCCAUCCAAACCCCAUCCACCCCGCAUUCCCCAACUCCAUUCAUAUAUGAUAUAGCUGGUUAGGUAAGGAAGAGGGGUUUUGUGAUGGGGAAGAUGGUGCUGGUGUUUGUGUUGUUGUCGUUGGUCCAAGUGCUUGCUGUAGAUGCGGUUGAUAGGGUGAAGAUAUGGCCAAUGCCCAAGUCGGUGAGCCACGGACACGGGAGUCUGUACAUGAAUAAGGAUUUUGAGCUCAAGACUGAGGGGACCAAGUACAAUGAUGCUUCUGGGAUUUUGAAGGACGGCUUUUCACGGCUGCUCCAUGUGCUCCAAGUUGCUCAUGUUGUCGAUGGCAAUUCUUCUGCUGCAGAUACUUCGCUUCUGCUUCAGGGUCUCCAUGUCCUUGUUUUCUCACCGGAUGAUGAGUUACAAUAUGGUAUUGAUGAGUCGUACAAGUUAUCAGUUCCUGCAUCUGGGAAGCCUGUUUUUGCGCAUCUCGAAGCACAGACAGUUUAUGGGGCUUUACAUGGGCUUGAGACAUUCAGCCAAUUAUGCCAAUUUAACUUUACAACCAGCGUAAUUGAAGUUCCUAUGGUCCCAUGGACUGUUAUUGAUCAGCCAAGAUUUUCUUAUCGGGGGCUUUUAAUAGACACAUCUCGACACUAUCUGCCAUUGCCAGUGAUAAAGAAUGUUAUUGAUUCAAUGGCCUUUGCGAAGCUGAAUGUGAUGCACUGGCACAUUGUAGAUACACAGUCUUUCCCUUUGGAGAUACCUUCAUUUCCAAAACUAUGGGAUGGUGCAUAUUCAAUUUCAGAACGAUAUACAUUCGCUGAUGCUGCAGAAAUUGUGAGUUAUGCUCAAAGGCGAGGGAUCAAUGUUUUGGCUGAAAUUGAUGUUCCAGGACAUGCUCUCUCAUGGGGAAUUGGCUAUCCUUCUCUGUGGCCAUCAAAGGAAUGUCAGCAGCCACUUGAUGUCAGCAAUGAAUUCACCUUUAAAGUCAUAGAUGGAAUUCUUUCAGAUUUCAGUAAAGUUUUUAAGUUUAGAUUCAUUCACUUGGGAGGUGAUGAGGUUGAUACAAGUUGCUGGAGGGUGACUCCUCAUGUAAGAAAAUGGUUAACUAAACAUCGUAUGAAUGAAUCUCAAGCUUAUCAAUACUUCGUCUUGCGUGCACAGAACAUAGCUUUGUCCCAUGGAUACGAACUUGUUAACUGGGAAGAGACUUUUAACAACUUUGGCAAUAAAUUGAGCAGAAAGACUGUGGUACACAACUGGCUUGGAGGCGGUGUUGCCAAGCUCGUGGUUGAAGCGGGGUUAAGGUGCAUUGUAAGCAACCAGGACAAGUGGUAUUUGGAUCACUUAGAUACCACAUGGCAGCAGUUCUAUAUGAAUGAACCACUUACAAAUAUCACAAACCCCGAGCAACAGAAAUUAGUCAUUGGCGGUGAGGUAUGCAUGUGGGGCGAGCACAUUGAUGAGUCAGAUAUUGAACAAACCAUAUGGCCACGUGCUGCAGCAGCUGCAGAGCGGUUAUGGACAAGUUAUAACAAGCUGGCUAAGGAUCCGAGACAAGUUACUGGAAGGUUGGCACAUUUCAGGUGUUUGCUGAAUCAAAGAGGAGUUGCGGCUGCUCCUUUAGCUGGACCAGGCAGAGUUGCUCCUGAAGAGCCAGGCUCCUGCUAUUCUCAAUAGCAUGCAAGACAGGACACAUCUUUAUAUUAAUUCUUAGAAUAACGAAAGCUCCUGAUAAAAUCAGGUAGUGUGUUUUUUUUUUUUUUUCCACGUAUACAAUAUAUAUACAAGCUUCAAAAAGGUCGAUGAUUCAUUGUAAGGCCAUGUCUCUUUGAAACCAUAUAUCUCUUUAAAACAUAGAAUGUGCAUGCCUACAUUAAUGAAACCAUUCUGUUGUUUUACCCUUAUA